UGACUAAAGUGUAGCUCACCUCUUAUUCUGUAAGCAAAAACAAUUGUAACAUACAGACAUCAAUGGAACCCGCAAGUGUGAGAAAACACUCGUUGCUCUCGAUGAUUGCCAGGAAUGGCGGGCACGGUGAGCAUUCUCCAUACUUCGACGGAUGGAAGGCAUACGACAGGAACCCCUUUCACCCGACUCAGAAUCCUGAUGGAGUCAUCCAGAUGGGACUUGCCGAGAAUCAGCUUUCCUUCGAUCUGAUAGAAGAGUGGAUAAAGAACAAUCCUACGGCAUCCAUUUGCACUCCCGAUGGGGUUGGCAAGUUCAAGGACGUUGCCAUUUUCCAGGACUAUCACGGCCUCCCGGAAUUCAGACAAGCUAUCGCCAAGUUCAUGGGAAGGGUUCGGCGUGGUAAGGCCACAUUUGACCCGGACCGUAUUGUCAUGAGCGGUGGAGCGACCGGAGCGAGCGAGACGCUCAUUUUUUGCUUGGCUGAUCGUGGAGACGCUUUCCUCGUUCCUUCCCCGUAUUAUCCAGCAUUUGAUAGGGACUUAAGAUGGCGCACCGGCGUACGGUUAAUUCCUUUCGCCUGUGACAGCACCAACAACUUUCAAGUAACCUUGGCACAGAUGGAAUCAGCAUACGCCAAGGCCAUAGAAGCCAACAUCAACGUAAAAGGAGUGAUCUUAACGAACCCAUCAAACCCACUCGGAAUCAAUUUGAGCAAAGAAACGCUCACCAGCCUGUUGAGCUUCACUUUCGAAAAGAACCUCCACAUGGUGUGCGACGAAAUAUACUCGGCCACAGUCUUCAAGUCCCCGGCCUUCACGAGCAUCGCUGAAGUAAUGCAAGAGACCGAAUGCAAUCCCGAUCUUGUCCACAUUAUCUACAGCUUGUCCAAGGACAUGGGGCUUCCCGGCUUUCGCGUCGGCAUAAUCUAUUCCUACAAUGAUCAAGUGGUCAACUGCGCAAGGAAGAUGUCGAGUUUCGGGUUGAUCUCUUCGCAGUCUCAGCAUUUGCUUGCUUCCAUGCUCUCCGAUGAGGUCUUUAUAGAGAAAUUCCUAGAAGAGAACUCAAGGAGGUUGGGGAAGCGGCACAGUCGCGUUGUCGAAGGACUCAAGCAAGAGGGUAUAAAUUGCUUGGAAGGGAACGCCGGUCUUUUCCUGUGGAUGGAUCUGCGUCACCUCCUGAAAGAACCGACGCCCGAUGCCGAGAUGGAGCUGUGGCGGGUGAUCAUAAAGGAUGUGAAGCUCAACGUGUCGCCCGGGUCCUCUUUCCAUUGCCCGGAGCCUGGGUUUUUCAGGGUUUGCUUUGCGAAUAUGGAUGAUCACACAGUGGAAGUGGCGCUUCAGAGGAUUAGGGAGUUUGUGUCCAAGGGCAAUAAAAAUGGUGAUGAUAAGAAACACUGGCGAAAGAGGGAUCUCCGGUUGAGUUUUACGUCCAGGAAAUGCGAUGAGAGCUUGAUAUCUCCUCGCCAGAUAAUGUCCCCUCACUCACCAGUGCCUCAAUCACCCCUGGUUCGAGCGAGGACUUGAAGUCGCCAUGAUUCCGUACAAUAAGCUUUUCGCAAAUUAUUAGGAUUGAUUUAUGACGCCACCAUUUUCUUUUUCUCCCAUUUGCUCAGUUUUUAGUGGAACCUAAUAAAGGUUUCAUUCCUAGGGACAAUUUCGCCAGUCUCAUCGUCGGAGUCCGCACUUGUCGGAUCAUGAUAUCGUAUCGUCGAUGA